UAGUUCUAGCGCUCUCUUUCGCCUUGGCUCGUGCAGAGGCGCGUUCUCGACGAGUCUCUCCUGACGCAUUCAUCCGGGAAUCUGUUACGAGGUCGCUCUUCAACAUGGCGGCGUCAGGCAAGAAGAAGAAUAAGGCUAAGGGGAAGACCCUUACGCUUACAGACUUCUUAGCAGACGACAAGUCCAGCAGCCCUGCACCCCCAAGUUUCCCGGCAGCAGCCAAGGCAACCAGUUGGGCGGAUGAGACUGAUGACCUGGACGGAGAUGUCUCCACCUCCUGGCACACUGAGGAGUCGUUCCGAGGGCCGCCGAUCGACCGCUCCAUCCUGCCCACAGCCCCGCGGGCGGCUCGCGAGCCCAAUGUGGACCGCUCGCGCCUGCCGCGCAGCCCGCCCUACACCGCCUUCCUGGGCAACCUGCCCUACGACGUCAGCGAGGAGUCCAUCAAGGACUUCUUCAGGGGGCUUGCAAUCAGCGCUGUGCGUCUGCCGAGGGAGCCAAGUAACCCGGAGAGGUUGAAGGGCUUUGGCUACGCAGAGUUCGAUGACGUGGAUUCCCUUCUCAGGGCGCUCACUUUCAAUGAGGAAAACCUUGGGAACCGACGGAUCCGUGUGGACAUUGCAGACCAAUCCAAUGACAAAGAGAGAGACAAUGGACCUAUGGGUCGUAGUGACAGAGACUGGGGUCGUGCCCGUGAUGGAGACAGAGACAGAGACAGUGGGCCAGACAAGACCGAGUCAGACUGGAGGGCCCCCCGCAGCAGCGCAGCGGAGAUGGACGAUGGACCCAGACGUGGCGGCGACGAUUCCUACGGAGAGAGGUCACGGGACCGCUACGGCGAUUCAGACCGCUUCAGAGACGGACCUCGACGAGACGGCUUCGGCGGAGGACGGGAUGGCGGAGGCUUCCGUGACCGUUACGACGACCGAGGGCCCCGUGACCGUUACGAUGACCGGGGAGGUGGUUUCGACUCUCGUGGUGGCGAAGGGGGGCGGCGGGCGUUUGGCAGCGGCUUCAGAAGAGACGACUAUGGUGGCCGGCGUGACGAGGGCAGGGGCGGAGACCGCUACGGCGACCGCUACGGGGGGGACCGCGAGGACCGCUUCGAGAGGCGGGAAGAACGAGCAGGACCCACCUCGAGGCCCAAGCUGAACCUGAAGCCCCGUAGCGUCCCCAAGGAGGAGGAGGCGGCCAGCGAGGGCGCCACCUCCCCUCCAGCCUCUGGCGGUGGCGGUGGCGGCGGCGGCGGCGGCGGCGGUGGUGGUGGCGGCGGUGCCCGGGCAUCCUCCAUCUUCGGUGCGGCCAAGCCAGUGGACACGGCGGCCAAGGAGCGCGAGGUGGAGGAGAAGCUGAAGAGGGAGCAGGAGAGGCUCCAGAGGCAGCUGGAGGACGACAAGAGCCGGGGAGGAGACCGCGACAGACGAGACAAACCACGGGACAAGGACCCAAGCUGGCGCAGCGAACGGACGGCCAGCGACUCCGCACCCCCUGCCAGAGUGUCCCGGCGCAGGGAGAGUGAGCGCUCGGAGAACGAGGUGCUGAGCGGCCAGGAGGAUGAUGCGCCCCCCUCCUCGGGCAGCCGCCCCCCUGCCUCCCCCACCAGCCAGGACGGCAUGCCCCUGAAGGCCAUGCCCGCUCCGCCCCCCAAGGAGAACGCCUGGGCCAAACGCAGCACGGGGGGCAGCACCAGCGACGGUGAUCGCGCCCCCAUCUCUCCGGUUAGCCCCAACCCCCCCAAAAGCUCCCCCAGUUCAGCUGAUGAGCGAAGCUCAGGUAAAGAUGAGAAUAAGGUGGAUGGAGUCCACAGGGCGUCGUCUCGGGGACGCGGUGGAGGCCCUGCAGGGUCCGGAGCCGGACGUGGUAGAGGAGAGGUCCCCAACAAGGAGAAGCGGAAGGAAGCAGCAGAAAAGAGAGAAGGCAGAAAAGAGCGAGAUGCCAGACCAGCACCUGAGCCAAAGAAAUUCGAGGAGACCCCUGCUCCUGCGUUCAGCUCGGCCAGUAAGUAUGCUGCUCUAUUGAUGGACGGAGAACAGGGAGACGAUGAGGAUGGAGAGUGAUCGACCAACCGAGAGCGCCAGCACAGAAACAACACUUUGGUAGAAAGAAGUUGCAAAAAAAUAAGAAUGCGAUAACAAAAUUCACUCUAAAUCAGAAAGUUUCUUGUGUAAAUGAGGUAGGGGGGGUGGCCCUAAUGGCGCCGUGCCCCCCAUCCCCCUUCUACCUUUACUUAAGGUCCAGAAUGCUUUUCUGGAACGCCCAUUUCUAGAAAGUCAAGACAGGAGUGUCACAAACUGGACUUAUCUUGUUUUCUUUUUUUUUAAAUGAUGAAAUUUAAAAAUGACUCCGAUACACGCUCGAAAGGAUUAAUUGUAAUAAAUAAAGAUAUGGAGGAAAAUA